CUUGAUAUUAUAUUACAUUGCGUGGAAAUGAAGAAUGUAGGUAGGUCGUAACGCUCACCCUGGUGAAUAUUCCAUACUCUCGUUCUGGCGUCAUUCGACAACGUUCCUGCCAACGACCAACAGCAUGGUGAAGCUCCAGUACAGCGCCCAGACCACGACGACGACCUCAUCGACCACGACCAGCAGCAGCAGCAGUGACAGUCCUUCCAACAAGUGGCAGUCCUACUUUCGCAUUGAAAGCUGGCUGCCCCUUCCCGCGUCGGCGUUGAAGCCCGAGUGCGACCCGCAGCCAACGGCCUUCACAAAGGAAGGCGACGUCGAUGGCUGGGUGUUCCUAGGCGAAGAAACAGACCCGUCCCACUUCACGUAUGCCGACGUCGCGUCGGGGAAACGGGAGCAAGAGGCGAAAGACAUCCAGCACGUCACGAAGGAGUACGUCGUGCUCGCAACGACAAGAAAGCACCGCUAAACGAUCGCAGUGGACGUCUUGUAUGUAGAAAAAUAACCACGUUAUAAAUAUUUAUGCCCAAAUUAGCCGCCAA